AUGCCGCAGUCCUUGAACAACCCACAUGGCGGCGAUGAAAGUGGAUCUACCAAGACCAGGCUCAAGAGCAUUGAUUUCUCUGGUAUUACGAUCUUUGUCGUGGCGGUUUUGUCCUUCCUGUUUGCGAUUCAUAAUUUUAAUUUUGGAGAAGCUCAACAAUCCCAGCUCUUCUAUGUCUCCUCGGCUACAUUCAUCAUUUCGCUCGCGCUUCUCUUUCUGGUGGAGCUUUUGUGGGCUACGAAUCCACUGAUACCCUUGGAUCUGAUGUUGACAUCAUUUGGUGCAUAUUGCUUGUCGCAGCAGUUGAUCAAUAUGGGUCGCAGUGCCUUUAUCCCGACGACUACACCAUACUUCAUUCGCGUUUUCAACGUGAGCGACUUCACUGCUUCAAUGGUGAAUAUGUUAAUUAUGGCCGGCGUGCCUACUGGCGGUUACUUUGCAGGAUAUUUGAUCAGGAGGAGAAAGAUCGGUGUUAUAACGGCUUGCUUUAUGGGCUUGAUCUACUUGCUGAUAUUCCUUCGGUGGCGUGCCCCCUGCCUUCCGUGGGAGACCGUCUACCUCAUUCCAUUUGGUUUCACUAUGGGCAUUUUGUUUUCCACACAGUUUGUUGGAAUGACUACCACAGUCAUCGAGGCACGAAUUGGACAGUGCAUCGGCACAUAUGCACUGUUUGGUCAACUUGGUGCUGUCAUCGGACCUUUGUUAGGUCUAAAAUUGGUCGACUUCAUUUUUCAGAGGAAACUAUACAGGGAAAUACCCUCAAGCUCCGAGAAACCCGCUCUUGUCCACAAAGUCCUGAAUGAUGCUCGGUUUGCUUUUAAACUUCCAGAGUCUACUCAGAAUAUCAUUCGCCAGAGCUAUCUCUCAUCAUUUCAGUUCAUGCCAAGUAGGUCCGCCCACAUCAUCCAUGACAUUUCCAAGGUUGAAGGCGUGUACUUUGUUCGGCUUGUGUAA